AUGGUGACGCAUGUGUUGCAAAGCACUGUCGGCCGCUUCGAUGACGUCGACGUCGACGGCGGCAAUGGCGAUGCCUGUGGCGUGAACUCGACAUUUCCAAGUGAGGAGGAGAAGGAAGAGAUACUGCUAGGGUACGUCCGACAGCUGGAGCAUAGGGUGGAAGACCUGAGGAAGGAGGUCGAGGAGGAGGUGGCAUGGAACGCCCGGCUGGAGAAGAUGCUGCAAGAGAGGGUUAUCAUUAGCGACGAUGAGAAGAAGAUAAACUCAUCUCAUAUGUCGGCUGGGUACAGUUAG